UCCGUAGUAACACCGGAAGUUGUGCAUCCAUGAGGCAGCAGAGAGCGUGCAACUGUCACUCGUCUUUGACUUUUCUUUGAUAUUUAUAUCUAAUUAAAUUUAUAUUAUCAUAUAGACAUACUAUGGCUGGAAGUCGACUUGAGAAAUUCGGGACUGUUUUUACGCGGGUUCGUGAUUUAAUGCGAGCUGGAGUCAUCAAGCACGAGGAAAAGCCCAUCUGGUUUGACGUUUAUGCUGCUUUUCCUCCUAAGAGAGAACCUCUCUAUGUGAAACCUGUGAGAUCACUGAGGAAACGUGCAGCAGCAGACACUGUACCUGAAAUCUUAUACAAAGAGGAUGAAAUAAGAGCGAAGUUCUUUGAGGUCUAUGGUAAUGGACCGAGGCCUUUUGAGCUCUUCAAGCCCAACUUUGUAUCGCCAUGUCAGAGGUUUGUUAUGAAGUAUGGUGAAUUAGAAAGCAGAGGGGAUGUCAAACCCGAGCUGCUGUUUGAAGAGACUGCAAAAGCUCUGCUCGCAGAGGACAUUUAUUUAAGAAAGAGAGGAGGAUCUGUGCAGGUGGCACCACAGUUUCAGAACCCUUUUCUGAACAUGAAGUUGACUGACAUGUUGGCAGAGCAGCAAAGAGACAGAGACGCGGAGACAAAUAUUCCAGAGAAACAGCCAGAGGCAGAGACGGUGAACCCUGACAGACAGACACCGUCAUAAAUGUCCACUUCUCCUCUGUUAGGACAACAUAAACUGCAUCUGCCUCUAGCACAUCGACGUGCGGGUCACUCAUCAUUUCUGAGGCAUCAAACACUGGAACACAGAUAUAGUUUGUGCAGCUGUGGACAAUAUGUUCUGUCUGUUUACCCAUCCUGGUGUCAAAUGAGCGACGUUGAAGGCAUGUUUGCAUAAAAAAAAUGGCUUGGAUUUGAGGUCUUUAUAGCCAAGCAGCUGGGGUUUAGCGAACAGCUUUAUAAUACAGAUCUAGCAAGUGUUUCAUUUAUGUGAAAAGUGUCUAAUGUCUUGUGUAAUAAAAUAUGUGGAGUGUUUAAUGAAAGUACUUCCAAGUCCAUUAACGACAGGAGUGGAAAAUCAUCAGUGUUGUAAAUACUGUUAUAUUUCUAAUUUUCUGAGUCUCGCCAUAAACUUUCGGUUCGUAUUGUUUUUUGGUUUUUUUUACACUGCGUUCUUAUUGCUUGUGCAGUCUUGCAUUUUAAUACAUCCUCAACAGGAUCUUAAAGAAA